AUGGCAUUGGAAUUAGAUCAUUUUAAAAGGUUCUUCAAUAAGUGCGACCAAAGAACAGAGACAGUUGUAUGGCAGGAAACAUGUAAAUUUGGCAAAAUUGAAACACCCAUCAAAUCAUGGCAAGAUGUUUCUGUCUCUUUAACAGUCAAUAGUUCAGCUUGUGGCUCCACCCAAUCUAAACUUCCUGCUUCAGAUAUUUCAGAGGGAAUUCCAACCACGAUGGCUUCAAAUUACAGCAGUGAUCAAUGGGCCACCCUCGAAUCUGAAAACCAAGGCUCCAAAGAUUCACAGCUGAGACUAGUCUUACUGGGGAAGACUGGAGCAGGAAAAAGUGCAACAGGGAACAGCAUCCUUGGGAAGACUGAGUUUCAUUCUAGUCUGGCAGCUAAGUCUGUCACCAAGCACUGCGAGAAAAGGAGAAUCAUGUGGAACGAAAGAGAACUUGUUGUUGUGGAUACUCCUGGCAUUUUUGACACUGAGGUGCCUGAUGAAAACACCACUAAGGAGAUUGCCCAAUGCCUCUUCUUGACCUCUCCAGGCCCUCACGCUUUUCUUUUGGUGGUCCCACUGGGACGUUACACUAAGGAAGACCACAAGGCCACAGACAAGAUGAUGGAGAUGUUUGGGGACACAGCUAGGAAGUAUAUGGUUCUUUUAUUCAGUCGUAAGGAUGACUUGGACAGCCAAGAGUUCCAAGAUUACUUAAAAGAAGCUCCUGUUCUUCGAGAACUGAUAAGCAAGUUUGGUAAUCGCUACUGUCUGUUCAACAACAGGGCAAAAGGAGCUGAGCAAGAAGCCCAGCAGGCACAGCUGGUGGCCCUGGUUGAUGGGGUGGUGAAGGAGAAUGGAGGGACAUGCUACACUAAUGAGAUGUUUCAAAAGGCUGAGCAGGAAAUUCAGAAACAAGUCCAGUUGAAGCAACAGUAUUACAGAGCAGAAUUUGAGAGAGAGAAAGAUGAGAUCAUAAAGAAGUAUGAAGAGAGAAUCAAAAGAUUGGAGGAUACAAUAAAGCAACAAAUGAGUAAGACUCAAAUGGAGAAUCAAUUGAAAGAAAUCAAGUCUUUUUAUUACCAUAAGCAGAAAAAUGCGAGAGAUGAAAUUGAAAGUCAGAAUCAGACUAACAUCAUUAAAUUUAUUAUACAGGCCCUGGAAGCUGCCUCAUUAUUUUUCAAAAAUGUGUUUAAGUAAAUGUAUUUGAAUCUGUGUCUGUUUCCUGUAUAUCUUCUGACUGUCCUACUUCAUAGAAUUUAUAUACUAAGGACAAAGUAUAUUCUUUUUCUCUUGAGGUCUCAGAACUAAGUUAGAUAGUCUUACUUGUUGCCUAGAAGACGU